GUCUGUCCACGAGUGCGCAGCGACAAAUAAAUAAAAAAAUAGUCAUGAGACGAGAACACUGCGGGUAUUUGCGGUAGUGGGAUGGGGAAUGCGUGGAUUAAAAUAAAACGUGUAAAAUGUUCUAUUUUAUCCACAGUUUAAAGCCACGAUCAGUUUAAUAUAUGUGUAUAUUAAUAACAGGGCUGCAGGAGACUGUUUACCCCUGUCAUAUUCACCAUAUACAUCUCACCUCACGCUAUAAUUGUGGGUGUGUACAACAGAUUGUAGACAUUGUUUAUUUAUCUCACAUAUGGGACAUUUUCUUUUUGGAAUUUGACACGAAUAUUAUAAUAAAAAUACGCCAUGAAUGACAACAUUGGAAAAAAAUAUAUAGAGAAAAAUAGAAAAAUAAAGACAUUAUGUAUGUAGAGUAUGGUGGUGAUAAAAAACACAAACAAAGCCAAGUCUAGGUUGUGGGUUAUUGUUGACUCAGGCAACAAGGAGCGUAAGAAUCUGGUCCAGCAGCAGCAUGUAACCAUCACCGGGGUGGAGUGUAGAGGUUUUUUAGACUUAUAAGCACCUGUGUCUGAAUCUCCACUGGAUAAACAAGUCUAGAAAAACUGAUACAGACCGAGGAUUGUGUGGUAGGGACAGAGCUGGAGUCCCUGACAUCAGUGUGAGAUCUAUUCAUCCAUCCAUCGAUCUAAUUACACAUUCACAAUGAAGAGAGAAAUCGCAGCCAAUCAGCUUCUGCUAUCACCCCUAAUGGGCGGGGUUUAUACCUCAUGAAUAUCUAAUGAGCUCGCUCGGUGGACACGAAGAACAAACGGUCCAGUGUUGAUGUUUUAACGUCCACAAACGACUAAGGAGACCGCAAAAAAAAGAAAAACAACAACAAACAAAGAAAAACGAGCCACGGUUCUUUUAAAAUCCCGCAAGAUUCAGUGUCGGAGGAGGCUUUGUCACUCGGUCCUCCCACGGUCACUCGGAGCGUCUCGGCUGGGGAAACAAUGCCCGGUAAAGCGGCGGUUGCAGCUCCGCUCCGACCCGGAGGAACCGUCGUGAAAGCGGCUCCGGAUCAGAAAUCCUUCCCCUUCGUGUUAAAAAAGAUCAUGGAUAUCCCUCCUCCCAACAUCCUGGAGGAAGGCGACGACGAAAUAGAGAAGGAGAAGCUGUGCUCUUCUGAGGAUGUGGAAGGAAGUGGGGUGGUGGCGGCCAGCGAUGGUGGAGGCUCCAGAGGCGGAAGUGGCGCAGGUGGAGGUGGUGGAGGUGGAGGAGGAGGUGGUGGUAGCGGCGGAGGAGGAGGUGUAUCAGCCUCCUUGACACCUGCCAUCUGGGAGAAGACCAUCCCCUACGACGGGGAGACGUUCCACUUGGAGUACAUGGACCUGGACGAGUUCCUCCUGGAGAACGGGAUCCCUGUGAGCCUGGAGGACGAGGAGCUGCAGAGGACUCUGGAGGGAAAAGGCUUAUCUCUUCCUAAGGCUAUCGCCGCUGCACCUCCUGCUCCCGCUGUCGCCCCCGUCUCCACCUCAGAAUCUCCUGCGUCUCCCUCCAUGGCCACUUCAGAGCCAGACGACGCUGUCACCGUGACAACGCUACAACCGGCCAAACUAGAAGAUGGGGAGGACGAUGAGGUGGAGGAGGAGGAGGAGGAGGAGGAUGAAGAAGAAGAAGAAGAAGUAGAGGAGCCUGAGGAGACGACAACAGAGGCAAAAGUUAAGAAAACAGGUGUUACAGAGCGUAACACGCCUUCACCGGUGGAUCCGGACGCCAUCGAGGUGGACAUCAAUUUCCAGCCGGAUCCCACAGACCUGGUUCUGUCCAGCGUCCCGGGAGGAGAGCUGUUCAACCCUCGCAAGCACAAGUUCUCCGACGAGGAGCUGAAGCCGCAGCCGAUGAUCAAGAAAGCCAAGAAGGUGUUCGUUCCCGACGAGCAGAAGGACGAUAAGUACUGGUCCAGGAGGAAGAAGAACAACGUGGCAGCGAAGCGUUCUCGCGACGCCCGGCGCCUCAAAGAGAACCAGAUCACGGUCCGAGCCUCCUUCCUGGAGCGAGAGAACGCCGCCCUGAGGCAGCAAGUGGCCGAGCUGAGGAAGGACUGCGGCCGCUGCAAGAACAUCAUGGUUCGGUACGAGGCUAAAUACGGCCCACUGUAAAAAAAAACAACAACAAACGAACAGCAAAACGCAACAGAAGGACAAACUCAUGAAGUAUCGAUGGAACAGAAAGCAGAACUCCCUCCCCCGCAGAAUUAAACACAGACACAAACACAGAGGGGAAUCUAAAAUUUGCCAGCGUCGUCGUGGCUGAUCUACAGUCGACGCGUCAGGGCUUGAGCUUUGGAUGGCGGGGAAAGCGAGGCAUGAUGGGAGGUCGCAGGAAAGGCCUGUGGAGAGAGCGCCUGGCUCCUACACUGGAGACGACUCGUUUCAAGAUGCUUUCAGGAAAGUCACGGAGGAAAGACAAAAAAAAAAAGAAAAAACGCUUUUUAAACGCUACACAAAUCAGUUUCUUAGUGGACCAAAGUCAGUCAGAAGCUCUCAGAGGAAAGUCAGGAGGUGAACACACAAAGGGUGAGUGGUUCAGUCGCAGUUCUUCCUUCUUAUAAAACACACGAAAACGCUCUUUAAAACAACUGUCGUGUCGUGUAUAUCUAUCUAUAUAUAUAUAAAUAUAUAUAUCUCGUCCCAUCUAGUGUGUUUUUACAGUGUGUAAUCCAUUUUUUUGCACUAAAACAGACAACAAACAAACAAAAAACAUGCAUGACCCAAAGCUACUGUGAUUUUUUUUUUUUUUUUUUCUCAAAUCCAGAGUCCAGAUUUUUUUAUCAAAGAAUAUAAAUUUUUGAGCUGAAGGCUUGAUGAUCUGCAGGGCCCUCGCUAGUAGAGGGGUACGUUCGGGUGUAGGGAUGUUUAUUUUACUGCACACUGCAAGCAGGAAGGGGGCGCUAGAGUCACUGCCAGCUUGCUAAUAGGUGUAGUGACGAUUGGUUAAAAAAAAUAAUUGUAGCCAGGCCCAGAGUGGACUGCUUCUUGUAAAUAAAUGUCUUAUAGUCUUUAUUUCCUGAAGACGGAGACGGCGUCUUCAUUAACCUUAUAUUUGCCAAAUAGUCAAUGAGUGCUGUAUUUAUUCUGACGGUAAUAAACGCAUCAGCUGAUUGUGAUGUACAACAAUACCAGAUACUUCUGUAACGAAACCAAUGACAGCGAGCAGGGAAAUCGAUGGCUAAACUGUGCUUUUUGGAUGUUUUUAAAAACAGAUUUAUACACAGGAUUAUUUUAUCUCUCUCUCUCUCUCUAUAUAUAUAUAUAAAGAUAAAUUUAAAUAUGCGUCUGAAGAAAGAACGCUCUUAUUUACCUCAUUCAGCACUUCCUGUUUUCAGUGGUUUGACAGAGGAUCUUCAUUCAAUUUGGCAAAAAAAAAAACUUAAAAUCCUUGAGUCCUUUUUUUUUUUUGUUUUUGUUUUUGUUGAAAAGGCUGUAUCGAAAUUAGUAAAUGCAUCCACAGACUGUUAUGGGACUCGCAAACAUCUCAAGUGUCUUGGGCUGAUCGUCCGCCUCAUAAUCACCGCAAUCCCGUAAGAGAAUAUCAAUGUGGCAAUAAUACUCCUGUUAUGUAAUGCUCGUUUAAUUUCCGUAACAAUGUCGUAUGUAAAAUUGCUAUGAUGUACUAAAUAGAAAAAGCCCCCGAAGUCAUUCGUGCUUCCACGUAAGAUCCUGUGUAGUCUAGGAUCCUAAUGCAUGAAAAACCCCGUGAACUCGUCUCUUUUCGUUUCUCCUUUUUUCUUGUAAAGUUGACACCAAGUGUACUUAUGUCUGUGAACCAUCACUGAAAACUGGACAUUUUUCUGGACGGGUUUCUUUCUGUCAAAGGAGCCUCGUCCCUGCGCAGCCAGCUCUUGACCUCCAGCCGAUUUAAAAAAAAAAACAAAAAAACAAAAAAAAACAGCAUCUUUUGAUCACUGUGUGGAUUGUUUUCUAUUUGCUAAAGAUUGAUCUUAUAUCUCUAGAUACACUGGAUCAGUUUGUGCUAUUAUUGAUAACAUGUUUAUUUUCCCAAUGGUGUGGUAUAACGAGACGUCUCUUAUGUUUUUUUUAGCGUUGACAUUCAAACUUGACAUUGACUGCAUUAUAUUUGUGGUUAUUAUUAUUAUUUUUCAGCUAAAUUGAAUAACGGUCUGACUGAAGGUACUGGAGAAAUGAACCUUUCACAGGACUUUAAAUCAAGAUUUUCUAUGUAGCAGUUGUUUUCCUUCUGAUGCAAAAAAAACAAAACAAAACAAACAAACAAAAAAACAGGUUGUAAAUCACAAACAGUGAUACUUGAGGUGGGAAAUUCAUAAUCAGAAAGGAUAAUAAGGUUUGUGUUUGAAGGUGUAUCUGCUGCCACCUACAGGCAAUGAUUGCUAGUGCAUUUUAAAAAGUUCUAUAAAUGUUACGCCUUGAUUUUUUUAUUUUUUAUUUUUUUUGUCUCUUCCUAUCUUUGGGCAAAUAUUUUUUCAUAUGUGAAAUUAUCUCUAUGUGGAUUUAAAUUUUCGUAAUCACGUCGUCGUCUAAGCCGAACAAAAAUAAAUAAUACGAUAAAUGGCUCCCAUUGGAGAAGCAAGAUGUUUAGAUUCUGCUGCUGCGCUUUUAUAACUUGUUCCACAUUCAGUAAAUGUACAGUUUAAUUACAUUUGACAAAUAUUUCCCCAAAUUUAAAAAUGUUCAGAUACUUAAUACUUGAGUUAUGUCAUCAUCUAGCCUGGAAGCUAGUUUUACCUUCGUCUGCUCACAAAAUACAAACAUUUUAGCGGAUGAAGUUUGUUUUGCUCUGGACUUAAUCCAUUAUGGAAUCUAAGAAGCUAUAUUUAUAUUUGUCUGCUGUGGAUAAGAUUGACAGCCAGGUGACUGAUGAAGGACGGACGGUUAAAUUAAAACUACAUUUAAUUUGUAGCUCUGAUUGCUUGUAGGAUCCAAUCCAAUGUGUGAAUAGAUUAAUUUUAAACAGGCCCCAUAAUAAAAUCCAAACCGCUACAACAGGGUGAAAAUUGUCAUCACCCAAGAUAAAUUAUUUGAUCGGACAAAUCUGGGCAAAAAAAAAUCAGGGUUUGCGAGUUUAAAAAUAAUUCAAAAUAGCACGUUAUCCGCAAAGCAGUUCAACGUCCUGCCUGCAGGUGGCACUGGUGUGAAAAGUGCUGUUGUUUUCAUGACCUGUAGGUGGCGCCAAGUAGCACAUCUGUUGACCCUAAACUGCUGUUCACUGGGAUCAGGUGCUUCGCAUCAACACAUCAUGUUUACUACUCAAAGUAGCUCCGAGUACGAAAUAAAGAAUUUAAAUACAUCUAUGGAAAACAUUUCUAAACUUUCGUUUUUUUGUGGUGGUUUAUUUAUUUUUUUUUUCUUCUUCUUCUUCUUCUUCUUCUUCUUUUUUAUAUAAACACAAGGUUGUUUUUGUAUUGUCCUAACAAUGUAAUGAAUACAUGCGACUGCAGUACCACGUCCUAGCUGUACCUUGUAUUAUGCAUUAUGAAAUAAAUUGGACUUUAACGAGA